ACGUGUUUACUUUUCAGUUCGUAAUCGUCCAAUCAGAGAAGUGGUUUUUAGCCAACGGCAAAUUUGAAAUUUAUACGGUAACGUGUUGUUAUUCGUAGAGAUUUAUGUGAUUUUUUUUGGGUAUUUUUAUUAGUUAAAGAUAUGGAGCCCAAAAAUUGCCUUAAAGAAAUAUCGCAGUCUUUGAACACCAAAAACAAUUCAAAAAUUAUGUCUUCGUGGGAAAGAAGAAAAUUAUAUUCAAAACAAAUGUAUCAGAAACAAAAUAUAUCUAAAGUUUCUCAGAAAAAAGUACAGAUUUCUAAGUGUGUUGAUAAGCCAUUAAAAGAAAUUGGUAAUGAAAAAAAGAUUGAGGAAAAUGAUAAAACUCGAAAAAGAAAAUUUUCUACUACUGCAGAUACAAAACAAGAUAACAAAGAUGAUAAAGAAAAUACUCUCUCGGAUACAGAAAGCAGUACUGCUUUGUUUGAUAGUCCUGUUCCACGUAAACUACGCUGUAGAGAUUCUUUUACUAUUUGUGAAGGCCCUUCACCAAUGAUACUGAAAACUAAUCAAAGAGAGCUAUCAGGAGAAUCAAUCAUACAGUCUAACAAAACCAAUUUAUCAACUUCUGCAUGUAAUCAUUCAGGAAGAAAACGCAGACGAUCAAGUACAGUUUUAACUACAACAGAAAAUGAAAUUGUUGAUAAAAAACAAAAAUUACUUAAUGACACUCCAGAAACUGUUAUUGAGAAUAAAACUGAUCAAAAACCAGAAGAUUUAGCAGAAACAUGCAAUCAGAAAAAUGAUUCAUCUAAACAAAACAAACCACCAAAACCUGGUAGUGGAGCUGCUACAAUGGUUAAAGCAUUAAAUGAUGACCAGAAUGAAACAGAAAAAAUAAUUUCUGCUGAAGGAGAAUUAAGCAGAAAAGAACGAUUGAUGAAAUGGAAAAAAGAACAAAAAGAGAAAAAGUUAAAGAGGAUGACAGUAUGUCCCAUCAUUUCUGAAAAAAAUCAAAGAGAAGAUCAAACUUCUUUAAUUAAUUUUAAAAAGGAGAAAGGAUGCAUGAAGACUAACAAUGAAUUGAAAAAUAUAAAACAACAAAACAGAAAGUCUAUGAUAGUCACAAAAACAAAACCUCAUAUAGUAGAUAAUAGUGAUAAAAUAAAAAUGAAACAAGAUGCUAUUCCAAAAAGUAGACCAUCAUUAUCAUUUGCCAAAAGUAAGGAAGCAAAUAAUGAUAGAAAGAAACUAGAUGAUAUUAAGGAAACUAAAGAUAAUGUGAUUUUAAACAGAAGAAAAUCAACAAUGGUCACAAAACAGAGAUUCACAAAAACCAACAGUGAUUUGCAAAAAAAAGAUCAUUUUCAGAAAACAAAAAGUAAUGAAAUUUUAAAGAGUAGACCAUCAUUGGCAGUUGCAAAUAGUAAGAGAUUUACUAUGGCUGGUGAUGAUAUACAAAAAAUAGACAUUGUUAAAAAGGCCAUAAAAAUUGAUAACAUUUUGAAAAGCCGAAGAUCAAUUGCAGUUAUAAAAGGAAAAACAUCUAAAACAAAUGGUAACUCGAAAAAAAUGAUAAAAGGUAAUGAGAAUGUUGAUACUAAACUUUUGAAAAACAAAAAUGUAGCAAAAAAUACAAAAGAAGCUUCAAUUAAAAGCCCAGUUAAAGAACAGUCUAAAAAGCAGGUUCCUUUAAAAAAACAAACAAAUAACAAAAUUUCAAUUGAUAAGAUAUCUCAAAGAGAAGGAAAUGAAAAAAAUAAAGAAAAUAACACUUCUGUAAUUAAUAAGAAUCAGACAAGAAGGAGUAUUUCUUUUUUAUUUCAUGCUGGUCAGCUAGAAAAAGCAAAAUCUAAAAUACAUGUGAAUAAGUCAUCUUUGGUGAAAUUGCCUGAAAAGGAGGAAUUAAAAUCUGUAAUGAAAAGCAAAAGUUCUAUAAAGAAAAGUGUAAAUUUUAAUAUUAAGCCAGGCGUUGGAGUUUCUGGAAAACAACUUCCAAAAACUCCAAUACAAAAAUUAAAUAUAAGACAACGUUUAGAAUCCUGGCUUGAUGAUAAGGGAGAUAGUCUUUCCAAUUUUUAUAAUAUCAACUGUUUUGGUCAUUAUAUAUCAGAGUUAAAGUUACAAAAGAGUUCUGCAAAAAAGGGAAAUGCAUCAGUAGAAUUUAAGAGUUGUGUAGAUUCUCUUGGAGGAUCACCACUAUUAAAGGUUCGAAAUAGUCCAAAUGAAGAUGAAGUAUUAACUAAUGAAAAUUAUAAUUUAGAAAAGGCACUUCUUGAAUUGAAGGAAUUAUUACAGAUUGGUUAUCCUCCAGCAAGUAUAACUGAAUGGCUAUAUGAAAUGGUAAAAUACAAUCCAGAAAUAGAAAAAGAACCACAAUAUUGGAUUUGUCAUUCUCUUACUGCAGAAAAAGAAAAUAAAUUAGAAGAUGCCUUAACAUUUUAUCAUACUGCACUUGAUAAAGGUGUCCAGCCAGCUGAAAUUUCACAUGAGUUUGAAAGAUUAUUAUGUAGUUAUUCUUCACAAAAUGAAAAUCAAUGGCAUUCUCAGAAAGAAAAAAAGAUGGAGGAGAAAACAAAAAUGAACACUCCUAGAAAACCUCUUGUGGAUAACAGAAACAUUUUUCGUUCAACACUGAUAAUGUUUGAUCUAUCAUUGAGUGAUUCAAAAUCUUACAAGAGGCUUUCGAUUCAGUUUUUAUAAAGCACGCAUUAUUAUGGUGAAAGUAAUUUUGGUAAUUUCAGGAGAAAUAGUCAUUCUUGAAUCACAUGGCAAUACACAGUGAAUCUAUACAGAAUCUGAUUGUGCUAGUGAUAAUGUGAAGACAACAUGAAUGUAAUCGAAGAAAAUUCUGAAUAAUACAAAAGUUAUCAAACAGUAUGAAAUUAUAUAUGACUUCAACUUGUAUUGUUUAUUUUCUCAAUUACAGCAAUUUUAUGAAAUAUUGUUUGAAAGAAUAAAUUUGCACUAUUUAUUCAAUGCUGGUGUCGCUUUUGACAGCAAUAUUAGUCAGCUACAUAUAUAACAUAGCUAAUAUUUUUGUUUAUAAAUUUACAAUCAACUAUAGCAGAAAGAUAUGAUAAACAAAUAGUGAUAAUGCCUUUGGUUGAAUGUGAAGUAAAGGCAAAUCAGAUGAUGAUAAAUAUAAAAAUUACAUAAAAAUAAUUUUAAAUUGUAAAAAUCAAAAGAAAUUGUUGUUUCCAUGAAAUCUAAACUAUAUUAUAAUUUUGGCCUUUAUUUUUCUAUUGUAUUGAUAUUUAGUCUGAAAAAAACAUACAGCAGCAUGCCCUCUGCAAGGUUAAACAAAAAUUGAUCUACUUCAGUUUGACAAGAAAAUGUGACACAUUUCCAUCUCAGAACAUUUUAGGAUGUGUUUUCUAAAGCUUGAUUUCAAUUACUUCCAAUUGUGUAAUGAAUAAAAGGAAAAGAUUCUGUAGAAUUACAUUUUGAUAAAUAAUAAGCAAUAGAAAAAAAAAUUUGCCAAAAGAAGUUUGUUUUACACAGUAUUGAAUGUUGUGUAAAUUUAUGACUCUUUUUUUAAUGUCAAAUUUAUACUGAAAUAACAAGUCAACUGUAAAUAAUAAUGUUUGUUAUUAAUGUAUUCAAAGUUAAAGUAAGUGGAAACAAACAAACAAUUGAAAAUAAAUGUUUUGCAUCUUUUGCAAGUUGUCAAAUUUGGCUAUUGAAUAAAGCUUGUAAUGAUUUUUGUUGAUCCAAAAAAUGAAUUCAAAUCUUACAUUGUAGAUUAUUAUAUCAAUGGUAUUUGUUAUUUGAUGUAAUUAGCAUGUUCUCUCUGGUCACACAGUUUUUUCCCUGUUUAAAAUAUUAUCCUGAAACUACAAUUGAGAGAGUUGAGUAAUGCCUUUGAAACAAGUCGUGCAGCACACAAUUCUCGACUAGCAAAAUUGUUAUUAUUUACUUUUAAAAUUUCUGCUUUAUUUGUGAAAACUUAGUGGAAACUGGAAAAAAAAAUUAAAAUUGUAAAGGAUUUAGGAUUAGUUGUUAUACUCAUGUUAAUCAGAAUACAGGAGUUCUCUAGUUUGGAGUGACCGCAUUUUUUGUUACCAAUGUUAU